GACGGGGACAUACAACUUGGUGUUCAGAAAGGACUCGGGAAUUUGGGAUUUUCUUCCAGUGUGAAACUUCAAAAAUUAUUCAGAGAGGACUUUUCGGUUCAGGCUUGAGUAAGGGAGUGUAUGUUUGCGUGUGUAUGUGUCUUCAUUUUUUUGCAGCCAAACUGGAGAGUUGUGGAUGCACGUGGUUGAGUACAUCUUGGCAUUUAGCUUAUCUGUCAAGGAAGUGCGAAUGUGACAGCGAUUAGAUUUUUUUGUGAGUAUUCGUCGGCUUACUUUAAAAAAGUUUUUGGUAAAACUAUAUCUGUAGAAUUUGGGAUUUUUAAUGUGUUGCUUGUAGUUUAUGUUUUUGCCUUUGGUUCGGAGUAGUUGUGUUGCUAUCAAAGGAGUAGUGUGUUUCUGGGCUCUUGCGCGUUUGUUUGCCUGCCAUGCCCUUGCCUGCGCCUGAUGUCCCAGCCUCUCGGAGGCUGGCACUGGAUUGCCGUACCCUUCUGGACCAUCGUGUUGGCAAGGGGGUUUGUGGUUGUUGCGGAGCGCUCAGGCCUCGGUACAAGAGACUGGUAGACAACAUCUUCCCAGAAGACCCAGAGGAUGGGCUGGUGAAGGCCAACAUGGAGAAGCUGACAUUCUACGCCCUGUCGGCUCCAGAGAAGCUUGACCGUAUCGGAGCCUACCUGUCUGAGAGAUUGUCAAGGGAUGUGGCCCGACACAGAGACGGGUAUGUGUGCAUAGCCAUGGAAGCCCUGGACCAGCUGCUCAUGGCCUGCCACUGUCAGAGCAUCAACCUGUUUGUGGAGAGUUUUCUAAAGAUGGUGCGCAAGCUGCUAGAGUCCGAAAAAUCCAGCCUGCAGAUCCUCGGAACCAACUCUUUUGUGAAGUUUGCCAACAUAGAAGAGGAUACACCAUCGUACCACCGCAGUUAUGACUUCUUUGUGUCCCGCUUCAGUGAGAUGUGCCACUCUAGCUUAGAGGACCCUGACAUCCGCACUAAGAUCCGCAUAUCGGGUAUCAAAGGCCUGCAGGGUGUGGUGAGGAAGACGGUGAAUGAUGAGCUGCAGGCCAACAUCUGGGACCCUCAGCACAUGGACAAGAUCGUCCCCUCUCUGCUUUUCAACCUGCAGAGUGGAGAGCGCACAGAGAGCCGCUCCCCCUCUCCGCUGCAGGCGUCGGAAAAGGAGAAGGAAAGCCCGGUGGAGCUGACGGAGCGCUGCUUCAGGGAGCUGCUGGGACGAGCCGCCUAUGGCAACAUCAAGAAUGCAGUCACGCCGGUGUUGAUGCACUUGGAUAACCACUCUCUAUGGGAGGGAAAGACCUUUGCAGUGCGCUGCUUCAAAAUCAUCAUGUACUCCAUCCAGUCCCAGCACUCUCACCUGGUAAUCCAGCAGCUCCUCGGUCACCUUGAUGCCAACAGCAAGAAUUCAGCCACAGUGCGCGCUGGGAUCGUGGAAGUGUUGCUGGAGGCAGCCGCCAUUGCAGCCAGCGGCUCUGUAGGCCCCACCGUGUUGGAGGUGUUCAACACCCUGCUGCGGCAGCUCCGUCUGAGUGUGGACUACGAGUUGACCGGCUCCUAUGACGGCAGCACCAACAUCGGCACAAAGAUCAUCAAAGCUCACGAGGAGAGGCAGCUGCAGGAGGCUGUCAUCAGGACCAUUGGUUCAUUUGCCAACACUCUACCGACGUACCAGAGGUCAGAGGUCAUGCUCUUCAUCAUGGGCAAGAUCCCUGUCCCUGGGAUUCACCCAGCUCUGCUCUCCUCAAGCUCUGGACCCGAGGGUACCAGGAUGAUUCAGGUCAUGUUACUUAAGUCCUUGGUCCAGGUGACGGUCGGUUUCCAAACCACCAACAUGCUGACGGCACUCCCCAGCUCUUUCCUGGAGCCGCUGCUUUCCUUCUCUCUAACAGAGGAUCCAGAGAUCCGGCUGCUGGUGGUCCAGAUCCUUCUCGGUGUCAUCGACAGGCACGACAACACGCCCAAGUUCUCCAACAUAAGCAUCAUCGCCGACAUCUCUGUGCUCAAACUCAAAGUUGACAAAUGUUCCAGACAGGACAACUUAUUCAUGAAAAAGCACGGCCAGCAGCUGUAUCGACACAUCUACUUGGGCUGUAAAGAGCCGAGCAGCGGCCGGCAGCACUACGAGUCCCUCUUCUCUCUGUUGGGGCUUCUGAGCGUGGAGCUGGCUAACGAAGAGGUGGUGGUGGACCUCAUCCGCCUGGCACUUGCCCUGCAGGACCUGGCUCUGUCCACCGACGAGGCUCUGCCCGUUUAUAACCGCUGUGCUAUUCAUGCCAUCGCCGCUGCCUACCUCAACCUCAUCUGCCAGCUCACCACCGUCCCAGCCUUCUGCCAGCACAUACACGAGGUAAUUGAGGUGAGACAGAAAGAAAGUCCGUACCUUUUGCCAGAGGAUGUCUUCAUAGAGAAUCCCAAGCUGCUUUCUUCACUGGAUAAGGUCGAAGGGGAUGUUUUGUUUCUCCAGUCGAAGAUCACUGAGGUCCUCGGAGGAAGUGGUUAUAACACGGAUAGACUGGCUACGCCUUAUGUCCCUCAGUAUACUGAUGAGGACCGUCUGUCCAAGCGAAAGAGCAUCGGAGAGACCAUCUCACUGCAGGUGGAGGUGGAGUCCAGGAACAGUCCAGAGAAAGAGGAGAGGACACCAGCAGAAGAGAUCACAUUUGAAACCCUGAAAAAUGCCAUUGUGGACAGUGUGGGUAUGGAGGAGCAGGAGAGGGAGCGGAGGAGACAAGUGGUGGAGAAGUUCCAGAAGGCCCCCUUCGAGGAGAUCGCUGCACACUGUGGUGCCAGGGCCACACUACUGCAGAGCAAACUCAAUCAGAUCUUUGAGAUUACAAUCAGACCCCCGCCCAGCCCAUCUGGAAACAUUUCAUCCGGGUAUGGCCAAAGCCAGAGUCGAUCUGUACCCAUCUACGAGAUGAAGUUUCCUGACCUCUGCGUCUACUAGACCUGAAAGCAAAGUCACAGAACUAUUUCACAUUUGAGGAGGGGUUUGGGAAGGGCAACCGAUCCUCACUGUAAAGCCGUCUCGAUCAUGGAAUCAAACAACCACCCCGUUGUUUGAAGCCAACUCGAAAAUAAGCCACUUCUUUAUUAACUUAAUUGUCUGAGCUUUGUUUUGCCCUGUGAUGGGAGCCAAAACAAGCCUGUUAAUGUCAAUAAAUUCAGCAGUAAAAAUCUACUUUUAUUUGACCUGUUCCCUUCAUUGCUCCGGAGAGCUUUAUAGAAACUCCACUGGUUGGAUUUCUGAUCUAGAAAAUGCAGAGAACCGCGAGGAGGUGAGGAGUCAUGUCUGUGGCCUGAGAGGGAAUCGACUUGUUGCAUGCCAUGUAACGUCACAUUUUUGAUAGCGCUGCAAAUAUUGGACAUUCUUUUGACCCGUGUGUCCCUUACAGGGUGCCAUACUAUCCUUGAUCACAAAAUAAGAUUUACCGAUAUUGAUAUUUUAUACCUACGUUUUCUUUUCUUUUCUUUCUAUUGAUUUCAUGGCCAGGAGGGGCUCAUGUGAAUUAGAUGCAAUUAAAUUGACCUGAUAGUGUAUUUUUGUGUCUGUUUAAAUACAAUAUGGAUACAUAUAAACAAACAUGAAGCUAAUCAUUUACAUUGCCUAUGUGACUCAGCAUUGAACAUCUGUCCUCAGUGCUUAUUGCUUUGCCCUCUUGUUUUGCCUUUUUAGUGUUUGUGUUAAAGUGCUUUUUCUUUCAUGAUUGGCAUUUAUUUCCCGCACCUUCAUUUAGUUUUAGUUUUUUUGUGUGUGUAUUCUAGUCGUGGUUUAAAUGAAAGAAAACUGUCAAUCUGUGUGCUAUCCUCCCAAAGUGAGUGCCUUACAGGUGACUCGAGUUAAAACAUACACAAAAACACACAUUGCGCCGCCGUCAUGACCACACUAAAGUUCUGAAGUGUUUACUGUGAUGUUUACCUGAUCAAACACGAGAAAAAUAAUUAUGGAUCCUUUAUUUUUCUCCUUUCCAUAUAAAUGUGUAUAUACAGAGAAAUAUAUAAAUCUUUAAGCUGAUGUACAGAGUCUGGAGGUUUUUCUGUGUGCGUGUGUGUAUAUAUAUAUUGUAUAUUGAUUCUAAUUUUAGACUGCCACUGCACUAAUUGUGUCCGUAAGUAAGGAAGAGAACGACUUCGUUAGUAUUUAGAUGUUUGUUAAAUUCUCACAUGGAUAACCAGCAACACAUAAAAAUCAAAAAGGUCUGAACAGCCCACCGUAGAAAUCAUCUCGAGUCUGAAAGUGUUGCGCUAACGAACCUGAAAUAAUCAAUUUAGUCGCGUUUUCAAUCCUGCUGGAAUAAGUUUGCACUCUGUCUUUCCGCCCUGCAGCGGCUGCAGCCUCCGAGCAGCGCGCCCGUCUCAUUCAGCUCCAUUCAAACAAGUCGAAAAGUCAUUUUGUGUGUGUGCGCAUGCACACGGAUAUAAAAACAAAGUAUAAUGGCAAUAAUUUGCCACUAGCCUGGCUAUCACAGCUUAACUUUUGGUAGCAGAUCCUUUUUUUUGUUGUUUAGUGUUUUUAAAUUGUGCACUCCUGUCGUGGUGCUGUGCUGGUCAGUUUUGUGACAUUGUGAGAGGCCGCCCUCCUGCCCCCGCGCUUCUGUGAAUAACUGCACCGGGCGUGAACCGCGCUGCAGCCACCUUCAGUGGGCUUGUCCCCGAUUGUCAUGUGUCGCAGUCCAGUUGUUCAUCUUAUCUUCUUUUUAACUUUUUUCUUCUUUUCUUUUGAAUAUACUAUGUAAAGUCUUCUUUACGUUUAUUCAUGUCCACGCCAGUGUCGCCGAUCAGUUCACGAUUUUGUGUGUGUGUGUGUAUUUGUUCAUAUAUCUUUAUGAACAUUCAUGCAGACGUGUGUCUUUUGGCAUCACCCCAUCCAAACUUUCCAAACAUGGUUUACAGUCUUGGUCCAGUGACUCUUUCCACCACGUCAACAAAGAACGAGCUGUCUUAGUGAAAUGUGCAGCUGUCUAAAACUUCCAGUCACACUUUGUCCAAUUGGCUCUUCAGCAUCUUGCAACUUUGAAGACCUGUAAAUCUACCGGUGUGCUUGUAGUCAUUGCAUAGUGUAAUGUAAAAUUAACAGACGGUAAUUCAAUCCUACUUUUGUCAUUACAUGUCUGGUUAAUAGAUCUGUUUACAACGUAGUCCUGUAGGUCAAAUCUAUUCACUCUGUGAACUUUGCACUUUAAAAACUGGAUUACCUAGUGACAAAGGCAGCUUUUACAUGGAGAAAAUGCCUUAUGAGUGUCAUACCUAAUUUUGCAUGCUAGAGAUGUUCCUGUGUCGUACAAUAAAUGUGUCUGUAACCGGAA